CUCCUGUUUAAGGAUAGACAGGAAGUGAGUAAUGAUUAAGCUUGUAUCCCACAGUUGCAGUAUAUCUUCCUGUUACUCAGUACCCAGUGAUGGCAGGAAAAUAGAAGCGGAGUGUGCCACGAUGAAUCCCAAACACUGUGCAGAGCUAAGUGAUGGCCACCACAUUCCUGUUCUUGGCUUUGGAACCUUUGCCCCAGAAGAGGUUCCUAAGAGUAUGGCUACAGCAGCCACCAAAAUAGCUAUAGAUGCUGGAUUUCGCCAUAUUGAUGCAGCUUAUUUGUACCAAAAUGAGGAAGAAGUAGGGCUGGCCCUCCGAAGCAAGAUUGCUGAUGGCACUGUGAAGAGAGAAGAUAUAUUCUACACUUCAAAGCUUCCUUCCACAUGUCACAGGCCAGAACUGGUCCGGCCUUGUUUGGAAAAGUCACUGAAAAAGCUUCAGUUGGAUUAUGUUGACCUCUAUCUUAUUCAUUUCCCAGUGUCAAUGAAGCCAGGAAAUGAUCUUAAUCCAGUAGAUGAAAAUGGGAAGUUAUUAUUUGACACAGUGGAUCUUCGUGACACAUGGGAGGCCAUGGAGAAGUGUAAGGAUGCAGGGUUGGCCAGGUCCAUCGGGAUGUCCAACUUUAACUGCAGGCAGCUGGAGAUGAUCCUGAACAAGCCAGGGCUCAAGUACAAGCCUGUGUGCAACCAGGUAGAAUGCCAUCCUUAUCUCAACCAGAGCAAGCUCCUGGACUACUGCAAGUCAAAAGACAUUGUUCUGGUUGCCUAUGGUGCUCUAGGUACCCAACGAUAUAAGAACUGGAUAGAUGAGAAUGCUCCAUAUCUUUUGGAAGAUCCAGUUCUUUGUGCUAUGGCCAAAAAGCACAAACAAACUCCAGCCUUAAUUUCCCUCCAAUAUUUGCUGUAGCGUGGGAUUGUGAUUGUUGCCAAGAGUUUCAAUGAGAAGCGGAUCAAGGAGAAUAUGAAGGUUUUUGAGUUCCAGUUGACAGCAGAAGAGAUGGCAGUUAUAGAUAGCCUGAACAAAAAUUACCGAUAUGUUACUGCUGAUGUUACUGCUGUCCACCCUAAUUAUCCAUAUUCAGAUGAAUAUUAACAUAAACACCUUUGUCAUGAUAUCACCUUGACAGUAGCUGUGUGGGAGAUGCCAUAGAUGCUGAUCAGACAUCACCUCUGGUCAAUGUGUGUCAACCUACAUUCAACUGGAUUGAGAGAGAUGGGCAUGGUGUUUUUUGUAAUACCCUGAAGACAAUGAGGUUUGCUUCUAUGAGGUACAUGUAAAACACCACUAUUGUCUUUUAUUUCUAUGAUUUCUUUCCAUCUGACUCACUCAGAUCUGAGCUCAAGAAAACUAGAAUUUGAGCAUUGACAGGGAAAGGCGUGGACAACCAUCUUAGAAUAAUUAGCAGUUGGGUACAUGGAAUUGAGGUGAAGGGAACUGAACAAUUCUGUCUGAGAUAUAUAGGUAUUUGAUAGGUUUAUUAUAGAUAAAUAAAGCUUUCCUCCCAAGAGCUAUAGUUGAGGGGUAAACCUAAUGUCUUUCUAUAAAUGAA